GAAUGGCGUUCAAAGUUUGCAUUGUAUCGAGACGGAGCUAAGAUUUAUCAUUAAAGGAGGUCGGUAGUUUGAUGAUCGAGCGGGGCAAAUCAGUGAACCCAACAACAUUGCUUUAAGCUUUGGAAUUAUAUAUUUAUCAAGCUUUGGCUAUAAUGUAUAAUGGCUCAAUGGGCAUUUAAAAGAAACUUACAAUCUUUCACCAAUUAUAUGAAAACCCCAGUGCCCCCCACCACCAUUACACAAUGACAAACUACACUAGUCUUUUCCAUUGCAUUAUUUACCUUUGGUUCUCUCAUUCCUCAAUGAAAGACUGUUUUCUCCCCAAGUGAUGCUCCUUUUAUGCUAAGUGCAUACAAAUAUUUCGGGCAUUUCCUUGAAGAUGUUGAUUGAUUAGGAAACAAAAACAUCCGUGACUUACAUGGUACAGAAUCAAAGCAUCGAUAUGAGAUAGAUCAUGAUUAAAAAUCAAGAAUGCUCGAUCCCCGUCAUUGAAGAUGUUCAACCAGAGGGAGCUGCAAUGCCCAAAACCAGUGACAUAAUGAUGCCUGCAAAAAGAAAGGAGCUCAUGAGUGAUACCAUGAAGAGGACUACUGAAUGGAUUUUCUCUCAAGAGAUCCCAAGUGAUAUUACAAUUCACGUACAAGGCGUUUCUUUUUCAUUACACAAGUUUCCCUUAGUUUCAAAGUGUGGUUAUAUGAGAAAACUGGCAUCAAACUCUCAAAAGGGUGAUCGUGUAGUUGAAAUCAACGAUAUUCCAGGAGGACACGAAGGAUUUGAACUUGCAGCAAAGUUUUGUUAUGGAAUAAACUUUGAAUUAUCCAUUGAGAACAUUGCAAUGGCUAGAUGUGUGGCUGAGUAUCUUGAAAUGACAGAAGAAUAUGCAGUCAAGAACCUUGUAGAAAGAGCCGAGGCCUAUCUAAACCAAGUGGGACUUGAUUCAUUGGCUGCUGCAGUUUCUAUCUUGCAAUCAUCAGAAAGGCUCUUGCCCGUAGCUGAAAAUGUAAAGCUGAUCACUCGUUGUGUAGACGCUAUAGCAUUGGUAGUGACUAAAGAAAGCCAAACAUCUUUGUCGACUAGCUUAGGAUGGAGUAGUGAAGGUUUACAUUCUUCUUCGUCUUCCACGUGUCACUUAAAAGUAGAUUGGUGGGCUGAAGAUUUGAUUGUUCUUAGCAUAUAUACCUUUCAAAGGGUUCUUCUAGCUAUGAUUUCCAGGGGAUUCAACAAGUUUUCACUUGGUCCAGUUUUAACGCUUUACGCCCAAAAAUUUCUUCACGAUUUGGAGAUAAUAGGAAAGGGAAAGAACGAAAGAGAGACAAAUCUAGUCAAUGAGAAGAGGGUUAUUUUAGAAACAAUAGUUAGCCUCUUACCAAGGGAAGAUAAUGCACUAUCAAUUAGUUUCCUUUCAAAGCUACUUCGAUCUGCAAUAUACCUUGAGACAACCGUUGCAUGUAGGCUAGAUCUGGAGAAAAGAAUGGGUUUACAACUCUCACAAGCUGUCUUGGGCGAUAUACUGAUUCCUUCAUUUCGCUAUGAAGGAGACACCUUAUUUGAUGUAGACACGGUGCAACGAAUCUUGAUGCAUUAUGGUGAAUUCUAUGGCACCCGUGAUGAUAUAGAGAAGGUCGGGAAGCUUAUGGAGCAUUACCUUGCAGAAGUAGCUUCUGAUUGUAACUUGUCAUUGUCAAAAUUUAUAAACUUUGUUGAACAUAUUCCGAAUCAAGAAAGGGUAACAGAGGAUGGACUGUAUAGAGCAAUUGAUGUCUAUUUAAAGGCUCAUCCAGCUCUAGGAAAUACAGAACGAAAGAACAUUUGCAGUUUGAUAAACUGUCAAAAACUAACGAGUCAAGCAUGUGCACACGCUGCACAAAAUGAACGGCUUUCUUCAGAAACAAGAGUUCAAGUUCUUUACCAUGAACAACAACGCUUAAAAGAGACGAUCCUUGAUGAAUCCAGUCUGAACCAGUUACCAAGUGAUCGACAAAGCUUACUAAAAGAAAAUCAAGAUCUUAAAUGUGAGCUUCUGAAAGCAAAAAUGAAACUGGAAGACAUUCAAAAAUCGAUUUCUGACAGGUCACUAUUCCGUAGAAGAUCAUUCAUGAACUUUAUGUCGAAAAAGUUUGUGAAACUAACUCCAUUUCUGUGGCUUGAUCAUUGGGUUUCACCAUCCAAUGAAAACAAAAAUAAGCUAAGUAGAGAUCGAAGACAUUCCAUUUCUUGAAUGCAACCAAUACUCACUUUUUCGAUCAUCAAUCCGUUCUUCAAGUCAGAAAGAAGUAAAUCUAGUUGCUCCUAUAAUGGGUAAGCUCUAAGAUUUUAUAAAAUCCUUGUAACUUCUAUGGUUUCGAAGUUCUGGUGUAAUGUAAUAUAUACCAUUUAAAUAUUACAAGUGUAUCCGAAGUCUA